AUGGCCAAGAUAUUCGAUGCGACAGAAGUCGCAAAGCACAACACUCCUGAAAGUUGCUGGGUAGUUCUAUACGGCAAGGUCUACGAUGUUACCGAUUUCCUGGGCAGCCACCCCGGUGGUGCCAAGAUCAUUUUGAAACUUGCCGGCCAGGAUGCCACCGAGGAGUAUGAUCCCAUUCACCCACCGGGUACACUAGAGGAAGGACUCAAGCCCGAGGCGUGCUUAGGAACAAUUGAUGCCAGCACCUUGCCUAAGGAUGUAUCCUCCGAACCUCAGGAAGAGAUUGAGGGGCCACCCCCUAUGGAGAAUCUUCUCAACUUGGACGAGAUUGAGGAGGUUGCUACUAAGCAAGUGAGCAAGAAGGCCUGGGCGUACUAUUACUCCGCAUCCGACGACAAAAUCAGCAAAAACUUCAAUAAUGAGGUUUAUCGGUCCAUUCUUUUGCGACCUAGGGUCUUUGUGGAUUGCACAAAGUGUGAGCUGGACACAACCGUCCUUGGAUACAAAAUUGAAACGCCUAUUUACGUGUCUCCUGCGGCAAUGGCCCGUCUAGGACACCCAUCUGGUGAGGCCGGCAUUGCGGAAGCGUGUCGUAACUUUGGAGCCAUGCAAAUCAUCUCCAAUAACGCUUCCAUGACACCAGAGCAGAUCGUCAAAGACGCUGCUCCGGAUCAAAUAUUUGGCUGGCAGCUUUAUGUUCAGAUUGACCGCAAAAAGAGCGAGACGAUGCUUGCACGCAUCAAUAAGCUCAAGGCGAUCAAGUUCAUUGUCCUCACCCUCGACGCUCCGGUUCCAGGCAAACGCGAGGAGGAUGAACGAGCCGGUAUGACCGGACGAACCACCGCCGUGCCCAGCGGCGUGAAAGAGGUCGAGCACUCGUCGGAUAAUACCCCCAACCCAACCCAAGGAUCUGGAGGUGUUGGCCAGCAAUUGUUUGCAGGCACUGACCCCUCCUUGACAUGGACGAAGACUUUGGCUUGGCUUGCCACUCAAACAGAUUUGCCUGUUGUCUUGAAGGGUCUGCAAACUCAUGAAGAUGCAUACCUUGCCUCACUCCACGCACCUCAGGUUAAAGGUAUCAUUCUCUCUAAUCACGGAGGACGCGCCGCGGAUACUGCUCCUCCGGCGGUUCAUACCCUCUUAGAGAUCCGAAAAUACUGCCCUGUGGUCUUCGACAAGAUCGAAGUGUAUGUGGAUGGGGGUAUUCGUCGUGGCACAGAUGUUGUCAAGGCUCUCUGCUUAGGCGCCAAGGCAGUUGGUCUUGGACGUCCGGCUCUGUGGGGCUUGGCGGCGGGUGGAGUAGACGGUGUUCGUCGAACAUUGCAAAUUCUGAACGAUGAAAUCAAGACAUGCAUGCGGCUGCUUGGAGUGGAGCGGAUUGAUCAAUUAGGAGUCCGACAUAUCAACACCCGUGUUGCUGAACAGCAGAUCUACGAUGGCCCUACUGGUCUCGAAGCCUUACGGCGUGCAUUCCGCGCGAGGUUGUAG